AAGAUAAGAAGUUUGGACGCCAAGUCACACAAGUUAGUUAUUUCAGUUACUGAUUCAAUACUCCAUGGUUCACAUUCAGUUGAAGACUCUCAUAUUCCAAGUCCACUUUCUUAAUUCCAUCUGUUUUAUCAACCAAACUUCAGCGCAGUUUCCAGAGUCCCAAGAUUUAAGAGAGACUCCUCUCUUUCCUUUCUUUAUUCAUCCCUUUCAAAACCAAGAAACGCAACAAUGUCCUCCUCCUCAUCACCAUCAUUGCAUCAACAAUCAUCAUCAUCAGUAAGGAAAUGUAGGGUGGAUAACUGUGGAAAGGUACUCGACAACAAUGUAUCUAGAACAUGCCGGGAGUACAAGGUCUGUGAAGACCAUAAAAAGGCUUCCAGUGCCACUGUUCAAGGCUUAGACCAGCGCUUCUGUACUUUAUGUCACAAGUUUCAUGAAUUGAAAGAAUUCCAUGACCAGAAAAGAAGCUGCCAGCGGCGAUUAGAGCAAUUUAGGCAGAGGAAUCUAGACAAAAAGAAAUCUCAAGCUCCAAAGCCUAGCAGAAAAGUUGCUAAUUCAUCACAAGAAGAUCUUGCUAAUGCACAAGAGAAAAUAAAGCCUAGAAGAAAAGUUACUCUUCCAUUGCCAAAUGCAGAGUGGAAAAAAAAUCCUAGCAGAAAAGUUAUUCAUUCAUCGCCAGAGUAUUCUGCUAAUGCACAGAAGCAAAGAAGGCCUGGCAGAAAUGUUACUAUUCCAUUGCCAGAAGAUCUUGGUGAGGACGCUGCCUAUUCUACUAGUCGGUCUACUUCUGCUCCAGCUUCUUUUAGGGGCAUUGAGGAGAGACUAGCUUCUUUGUAUGAUGAGGUGCAUCAGGUUCGAGAUACUCAGAUCUACCAUGGGCAGAAGUUGGACACUCUCCUUGUUAACAUGUAUCAACUGAACAAACGUGUUGGUCGUGAUGCGCCUGUGGUGGAUCCAACAGCUGAUGAUGACGAAGAUGAUGAUGAGCUUGUUGCUUCUGAUAGUGAAAGCAACUAUGGUAGUUAGGCUGGUUGAUAGGGAAGAGUAAGGAGAGUAGAGUAUAUAUUAUUUGAUUCCUGUAGUGAGGGGGAGAACAUUUUAUGUUUUUGAUGUACUUGCUUUACUUACUUUCUCAUGAACCUUUUUAAUU